AUGGCAAAUAAAUUUGUUCUCGUCCCUCAAGAUAUUUACAGAGGACUUACAACUUAUGAUACUGGCGAACCAAAUAUAGAUUUUGCUAGAAGAGAGGUUGAAGGAGCUAAAAGUAAAAAGAAUAGGUCUUCAGUAAAAAAUAUUCAUUACAAUCAGGAGCUGAGGCGUUAUCUAACUAUGAGGAAUGAACGAGAAAAUCGCCCUGUUAAGGUCGAGCUCGUUGCCUCUCCUAAAGGAGCUAUCAUGAGUCAAAAUUUAGUCCAUCCUUCAACAAAUAUCAAUGAAAAUGAUGACGAUCUGUGGAUGAGCGAUGAUCUUUCAUUCUCGUCAUAUCCAACACAGCCUCCUAAUAGAGCAUAUAAUCUUGUUCCUCCUCCUUCUAUUCCAUCAUCCGAGCAAAAUUACGAGGCUCUUCAAUUGCCUUCGCCUCCUAUUUCUCCUACACAACCAAGUACCUCUAAACCUAAAUAUAAUAUCAAUUCUAAGAAGUUAAGAAAUGUUUCAAAAAAUAUUAAAAAGAGUAAGAAACCAAAGAAGAAAGGAAAGGCCAGAUAUUCUUCCUAUAUUGAAAAUGGGAGCAAUACUAAUGAAGAUAUUCCAUUACCUCCUUCUCCUCCUACUAAUGAAAAUAUCCCAUCAACUCCUUCUCCUCCUAUUCCUCUCCAAACCAAGAAGAGAGAGCAAGAUUCAAAUAACAAUGAAGGUGUUAAAAGAAGAAAGAAUACAUAUGAAAACAAAGAACUUAUGGCUAGACAAAUAGAAACAGCGCAAAAUCAAAAGAGGAAAGAGCUAUUACAGAGAAGGAAAGCUGCUCAAAAUGUUAAAGUACCACUCGAUCAUGGAGUAAUACAACAAAUGCGUCGCGACGAGGUGGCAAAUUUACUGAAUAGAGCCAACAAACCUCGUCAACGUCAUAGAAUUAUUAGAGAUGGUAGAUCUCCCUCACAUCCUAGACCGCGACAACUUUUUAAACGGAAAAGGGAGGGUUCUCCAGAAAGGGAGGAGAAACGAAUGAGAAGAACUGUUUCAAAGAGCCAAUCAGAAAGGGCGGGUCGUUUAUGGGCAAAAAACCUUAUUAAAGCUAGAAAUAAAGAAGCGAAUUCUUCGAGAUUUAAACCAUCACUUUGGUAA